AUGGGCUUCUGGAAGUUCUCCCCGUUCCUGGCUAUUGGCAUCCUGGUCCUGUACCAAGCAGGCGUCCUCCAGGCAGCACCAUUCAGGUCUGCCUUGGAGAACCCACUGGAACCUGCUACACUCACUGAGGAUGAAAUAUGCCUCCUACUGACUGCAGUGCUGAAGGACUAUGUGCAAAUAAAGGCCCGUGAGCUGCAGCAGGAGCAGGAGACUGAGGGCUCCAGGUGA